AAAUUUGAGAAUCUACGUAUGUCGACAGUGAAUUUUCUUUCUCUAUGGUUGAUUUGCUCUAGCAAAACAAUCAAGUUAGCACCUUAUAGUGCGUCAUUCAAUGUGAAAAGCAUUCAUAUACCAAUAUAGAAAACCUACAAGAAUGUAUAGCCGUGUUUAUAAUGAAUCUGAGGGUAUCGUCUACUUGCUUGUAUCCAUCAAAAUCCACGUGUUGGGCGACCCAACGUAUGCUUCUCCUUGUUAUCUUGCUUUGCAAUCUUUUAAGCCUUUUAUCCCUUCUUUUGCUUCCUUUCUUUUGAAGUCCUUGACAUUAAAUUUAUUAUCACGAGAAGUUCAACAGAUGUUUAAGAUCCAGUGUUGAUAACUUGAUGGAUACUAUAAGCUACCAUUUUCACGCUUUUGGAUUGGAAUGUUUUGCCAACCUUUUGACUAAAAGCUUCGUUUUUUGUAAUUAGAGCCCGUCAAGUCAAGUUCGAAGCAUCAUACUUUAGGAUAUGAUGAUGAUUUAAUGUCGUAUGCAAAAAGGAACUCAAAAGCAACAAGGAUCUCUGAUUUCGAAGACAAAUCACUCCAACCAGAUUGGUUUUGCUCUAUGGCAGACGAUGCAACAGACAACUUCAGCUUGUUGAGUGAGGAGUCUUGUUCAGCCAGUGCAGUUAGGGGCGAAGCAUUCAAUAGCUCACAAUUACACUCAAAACCGAGGCAGAGCGUGAGAAGAGGCAUGAAUGAUGAUUCUGGCCCUGGGAUUAGUUACAGCGCUAACAGCAUUUACUCCAGAGACCCACAUUAUUCCAGGGUUGAAGAGCAAGAAAAGUAUGUGCGAAAAUCAAAUUCAUCAGAGCUCGAGCCAGUCCAUCGCUCAAACUCUCCUUUCAUAGAAAAACCACCGCCAUUUAAAACCUGGUCUUUUGAAAAAGAAUGUAACCUGAGCUCUUCUUGUCAAAGUCCAGCAGCAAAUCGUCCAUUCAGAGGCUCCAUGCCUUGGAAUGAAUAUCCCUUCGCUGAGUCUACUCUUGCUGAAUCCUCCUUCACAAACAAACAUGUUAAAACUGUUCCUAAUUCUUCUACCCGUCCAAUCUCCAAAAGGCCUUCCUUUCAACCAUCAAAUAUAGAGUCCGCUGCACUCGAGCUCGACCUAUCUUCAAAUUCAAAAUUUGUAGGCACAUAUACAAGCAUGGCAGAAACUACUAGUUCACAUGGAGAACACCCAAUUUCUCCUGUUGUAUCAGCUCAGGGUAGUGUCGGCACAGACGAAAAAAGUGAAUCCAAAGUUCCUUCAUUAGGAAUUGGAAAGGAUGAUUUCCAUGAAGAAAAAUCCACAAGUACUAGAAGCAAGAAGGUCUGUGUGGAUGACACUGACAGAGAGUGGUUGGAUGAUUCGAAUCCUGAGAAGAAAACUUGUGAUAGCAUCAGAAAUGAAACGGAAAACAAAUCUCUGGCAGUGGAGUAUUUGGAGGCCUCCCAUUCUUCUGGCCAUGUAAAAAACGGUGAUGUUGACAAAUUUAACUCCGAUGAUAAAGUUUCUAUUCCAUAUUCUAAAGGAGAAAAGGAAGUAAGAGAUGUUAAGGUGGAGAGAAGUAAGACGAGGAGCAAAAGUUGCAGCAUGGACUCAUCUUCACAGGUGAUGAUGCUUGAAAGUUAUGUUCUCCAGCUUCUCUUCGUGCAAAAGGUACUUCUAAAGCAAGCAUCUUCACAAGAUUUUAUGAAAAAUGCAUGAAAUUCUUCUCUUUACUCGUUCUGAUGCAUGCGAUUCCGAACCAUUUCAUAUUUGACUCUUUUCAUUUACUCAUCAUCUGCUGAAAAUUUGAAGGUCUGUCUGAAUAUUUUUGUGUGUUUGCCUUAAAACUACUAGUAUUUUGUCGCAUGGUGGACUAGUUGAUGAAAAAGGGACAUUGUUCUUAGUUUUUAGGUUUCUUUUCGAUGAGAUAUGGAGGUUGAUAGGCCUCCUUUGGUCCUCGACCUCAAUUUCCUUUUGAACCAUUUCUUUUUCUUGUCA